ACUGGCCAGGCGCUACUGCCCCCGCUACGCCACCACGCGGCCGCGCCGCGCCGCGCGCCGCCUCUUCUCCACGGCCGCCGCGCCAUGCCUUCCCUUCGACCCACCGCAUGCCCCGCCUUCCCUUCCUCCCCCACAGGCCUCCGCCUCCGCCUCGCCUUUCCACCCGCUCGCCUCCCACCCGCACCCGGCCGUCGCCGCGUUCCCGCGCGCCGGCUUCUCCGUCCUCGCCGACCACCCGCUCCUCGCGCGCGCCGUCCACGGCUUCGCCCUCCGCCGCGCGCUCCCGCUCAGCGCCUUCCACCGCAACACCCUCCUCGCCUUCUACUUCCGCCAGGGCUCCUCCCCCGUCGCCGCCCUCCACCUGUUCGACGAGAUGCCUCAGAGGACCGACUCCUCCUGGUACACCACCGUCUCCGGAUGCGUGCGCUGCGGCCUCGACUCGACAGCCUUCUCCCUACUGCAGGACAUGCGGGAGCGUGACGUGCCCCUCAGUGGCUUCGCGCUCGCCAGCCUCGUCACGGCCUGCGAGCGCCAGGGCUGGGAGGAGGGCGCGGCGUGCGGCGCUGCCAUCCACGCGCUCACACACAGGGCCGGGCUCAUGGGGAACGUAUACAUCGGGACCGCGCUCCUGCACCUCUACGGCUCCCGUGGGCUCAUGUCAGAUGCCCAGCGACUGUUCUGGGAGAUGCCUGAGCGGAACGUCGUCUCCUGGACAGCGCUUAUGGUCGCAUUGUCAUCGAAUGGGUACUUGGAGGAGGCAUUGGCAGCUUAUCAUCGGAUGAGGAGGGAAGGUGUUCCGUGCAAUGCGAAUGCCUUCGCCACGGUGGUCAGCUUGUGUGGGUCACUCGAGGAUGAGGUGGCUGGGCUUCAGGUCGCCGCCCAUGUCGUGCUUUCUGGCCUGCAGACGCAUGUUUCAGUGGUGAACUCGCUUAUCACCAUGUUUGGGAACCUGGGAAGGGUACAGGAUGCCGAGAGGCUCUUCGGUCGAAUGGAGGAGCGGGACCGGAUAUCUUGGAAUGCGAUGAUAUCCAUGUACUCACAUGAAGGGGCCUGCAGCAAAUGCUUUAUGCUACUUUCAGAUAUGCGUCGUCAUGGUGGAGUGAGGCCUGAUGUGACCACUCUGUGCAGCUUGGUAUCUGUCUGUGCCACGUCGUAUCAUCUUGCCCUUGGAAGUGGGAUUCAUUCCCUGUGUCACAGGAGUGGUCUGCAUUCUUCUGUUCUGGUUGGUAAUGCCCUUGUUAAUAUGUACUCUGCUGCUGGGAGAGUGGAUGAGGCUGAGUCUCUGUUUUGGAGCAUGAGCAGACGGGAUGUAAUAUCGUGGAACACUAUGAUUUCAUCUUACGUGCAGAAUGAUAGCUGUGCUGAAGCACUUCAGACAUUGGGUCAGUUACUUCGAACUGACGAAGGUCCACCAAACCACAUGACAUUUUGCAGCGCUUUAGGAGCAUGUUCAAGUCCAGAAGCCUUGAUGGAUGGCAGAACAGUUCAUGCCAUGGUAUUGCAGCAGAGUCUUCAGAACAAUCUACUGAUUGGAAAUUCUCUCCUCACAAUGUACAGUAAAUGCAAUUCGAUGAAAGAUGCAGAGAGAGUAUUUCAGACAAUGACGUGUUGUGAUGUUGUUAGCUGCAAUGUGCUUAUUGGGGGCUACUCAACACUUGAGGAUGCUACAAAUGCAAUGCGUGUAUUUUUUUGGAUGAGGGGUACUGGGAUAAAGCCAAAUUAUAUCUCAAUAAUAAAUCUCCAGGGAUCUUGCAAAUCUUCACAUGAUUUGCGUAGUUAUGGAAUGCCACUGCAUGCAUACAUAACACAGACUGGAUUAUUAUCAGACGAGUAUGUUACAAACUCGUUGAUCACAAUGUAUGCAACCUGUGGUAAUUUGGAAUCUAGUUCUGAUAUAUUCUGCAGAAUCAAGAAUAAGAGUGUUAUUUCCUGGAAUGCUAUCAUCGCUGCCAAUGUACGACAUGGCCGUGGAGAGGAAGCUCUAAAGCUCUUCACGGAUUUGCGGCAUGCUGGAAACAAACUCGAUCGUUUUUGUCUAGCUGAAUGUUUGUCAUCCAGUGCAAGCUUGGCAUCAUUAGAGGAAGGCAUGCAGCUACACAGUCUUAGUGUGAAAUGUGGGCUGGAUAAAGAUAGUCAUGUUGUUAAUGCCGCAAUGGAUAUGUAUGGGAAAUGUGGAAAGAUGGAUGAUAUGUUGAAACUGCUGCCUGAUCCUGCCAGUCGGCCGACACAAUGUUGGAAUACAUUGAUAUCAGGUUAUGCAAGAUAUGGCUAUUUCAAGGAAGCUGAGGAUAAAUUCAAGCACAUGGUCUCGAUAGGGCGAAAGCCAGACUAUGUGACAUUUGUUGCCCUCCUCUCGGCUUGUAGUCAUGCUGGUCUAGUAGACAAGGGCAUCAGUUACUACAACUCUAUGGCUUCUACAUAUGGUGUGUCCCCUGGAAUAAAACAUUGUGUUUGCAUUGUGGAUCUCCUUGGACGUUUAGGGCGAUUUGCAGAGGCAGAGAAAUUUAUUGAAGAAAUGCCAGUCUUGCCAAAUGAUCUAAUAUGGAGGAGUUUGCUGUCCUCUAGUAGAACUUACAAAAAUCUGGAUAUUGGGAGGAAAGCUGCCAAGAAUCUCCUGGAAUUGGAUCCAUUUGAUGACUCUGCAUAUGUUCUUUUGUCAAACUUAUAUGCUACAAACGCAAGAUGGGUAGAUGUUGACAAAUUAAGAAGUCACAUGAAGACCAUCAAGUUAAACAAAAGACCUGCCUGCAGCUGGCUCAAGUUGAAGAAUGAGGUGAGCACCUUUGGUAUAGGUGACCGGAGUCAUAUGCAUGCAGAAAAGAUCUAUGCAAAGUUGGACGAAAUCUUGCUAAAGCUCAGGGAAUUAGGCUAUGUGGCUGAUACCUCAUCUGCGCUACAUGAUACGGAUGAAGAGCAAAAGGAGCAGAACCUGUGGAACCACAGCGAGAAGCUCGCAUUGGCAUACGGGCUUAUUGUUGUGCCAGAGGGAUCUACAAUAAGGAUAUUCAAGAAUCUCAGGGUCUGUGCAGACUGCCAUCUGGUAUUUAAGCUGGUUAGCAUGGUUUAUCACAGGGAAAUGGUUCUGAGAGAUCCUUACAGGUUCCACCAAUUCAAAGGUGGAUCCUGCUCUUGUUCAGAUUUUUGGUGAGAUAGUCAUACACCAAUUCAGAUUUUCGGCUGUACAUGUCAACACAGGAUUCGCUCUCCUCCUCUGACACACAUAUCUGAAAACCGAUGGAGCUGACUGUCAAACUCACACCCGCCCCUUGUGUAUGUAAAGAUGCGAAUUACCCAGGACACAUGUGUCUCUUUUUCUUCUUUAGCCAUGUGGAUGUACCAA